CUACCUCUGUUUCUGACAGAGGCGGACCGAAGUCAGAAUUUUAGAUUCUUACACACCCGUACUCCCCAUCCAUUAUCAUCAGUAGCAUCCCUCUUCAACAAACCCACUUCAAACAUCGCGCAAAUAAAAUUAAAAGGAACGAUUACAAAUGUACUUGCAGAGGCGUGCACAACUGAUGAAGGAUGGUGAAGGCGAGAACCAGUCACACAUACAGAACGAGUGACGCUGGUGAUGGCAAAAUAGAAUAGGGUGGUGCAAAAUUUGCAUUCAAAAUUCUGGAAACUUACAGGAAAAUUAGGUAUGUAAGGGCUAAUGGCUACUUCAUGUUCAUAUCCACAUUAAAUAUUGUUGUUAUCUUGCCCUAAGUUCAUUUGAUUGCAGUGCCACAGAUCAAGCACAUCCAAGAGAUAAAAGUGAUACAUCAUCAAGAAGUUCAACUUGUGAAACUCCUUUGUAUGGAAAUUGUGAAAUUGGAUUACUCAAAAGCUGCGUCAAUAUUUGGAGUUUCACUAGAAGUUGCAGCAAUUGCUGGGUGUCGUGAAGUUGUUGAAGAGAUUUUAAGUUCAUUUCGUGGUGCAAUUUAUCUUAAAAAUAAGUCAAACCAAACAAUUUUCCAUCUUGCAAUUGUGAAUCGUCGUGAAAAUAUUUUCAAUCUGGUUUAUCAAUUCAAGGAAUUUAGCAACCUAUUUAUCUCCAGAGUAGAUAUCACAAUGAAUAAUGGUCUACAUUUGGCUGGUCGUUUCAAAAGUCAACAGAAACUGAAUCUCAGAGCUCGUGCCGCUGGUGCAGCUCUACAGAUGCAGCUUGAAUUACAGUGGUUUAAGGAAGUAGAAAAUUUUACUCUGGUUACAGCUAGAGAACGGAAGAAAGACGAGGAGAAGACACCAAGGAUGUUAUUUACAGAGACACAUGAGGAGUUAAUUAAAGAAGGAGAGCAAUGGAUGAAAGACACAUCCAAUUCAUGCACAAUUGUAGCAGCAUUAA